AUGCCCAAUCCAUACAACUCGAACCAACAGUGGGACCAGCAGUCUCAGAUGUACUACCCUCAGCAAGACUUUGGCUAUGGUCAAUAUCCUGAGCCAAGGCAGCAGCAGCAACAACAGCAACAGCAACAGCAGCAAGUCCCCAGCCAUCAGCAGCAACAAAGGGUACAUACGUAUCCUGGGGCCUUCCAAUACUCCCAGGCGCCCCCAACAACCAGUCUGCCACAGACGUCCUCAUUGCAAGGCGCUUUGCAGAGCAACCAGCCACUAUCUCAUUCACGAUCAUCCUCUUAUGGCACCCAGCAGCAAUCACAGCCUCCCAAUCCAUAUGGACAUGGCUCUCAACCCACUUACGGCGCUUCCAACGGACAGGGCUUCAGCCAGACGGCCUAUCGCAACAAUCCCCAAAUGUUCUCGUUUGGUUCAACAAACAUGAGCGGCACCACACCAAUGGUCUCGAUGGAUUCUCCCGUCCGUAGCGGGGGGAUGCUCACCACAUCUCCUGACGGUCUACAGCCCUCGUUCGGCCUAGAUAGGUCCUUCUUCUCCCAAUCCCCAGCCCAGUCAGGUCCCUCCUCGGGGAAACGCCAACGUUUAGAUCCCCAUGAGGAACCUACCUACGAUGAACCAGAGCCUGAGCCAGGCUUAUCAGAAGUCAAGGACCAGAAGGCCAAACCGAUUCGGGCAUGUGCGAGAUGCAAAAACCUCAAGGUUAAGUGCGAAGUCAAGACCGAGGGCGAUCCUUGCAAGAGGUGUCUCAAUGGAGGCCACGAUUGCGUUAUCCCCGGCCGUAAGGUCCGCCGCGUACCACCAAAACGGGAGCAUCUCAUCAGCAAGAUUCAAGCGCAGGCUCAAGAAAUUGAGCGUCUGAUGCAGCAGCUUGAAGCUGUCACGUCGGUAAAGAAGGAAGAAGGCGUUCAUCCCCCCCAGUCAUCCUCGAGUCUGUCUUCUCCCCCCCUCUCUCCCUCAUCCCCAACAACAAAACCCUUCCUUGGUGAUUCUCAACCCCGGACCGAGGAACAAUCGAAUUCAGCGACAAACAAGGCAAUCGAGGAGUGGAUUGCUAAAACGAGGGAGAACAUGCAGGAGCUGUCAUUCAUUUGCGUGGCGGGAGGGGGUGUACCUGAAAGCUACAUUGUGGAAGAAGAUCCCGAAGACCCGUAUUCCAGUGAUGACGAUGAAUUCGUUGAAGCUUCGGACAGGUUCGAGGGUGAGGAAGAUGAACAUAUCGCUGUCUCCAUAGAGCACGCGGAGGGUGAAGAACCUUCUGAGAGUGGCGUCCACCGAAGGAUUCGACACAGAUCUUCGGCUUCCAGUGUGGGAACCACAAGGAGUGCGGCUGGUAGUCGGAAGAAGAAUACUGGCGACGCGAAACCAGCAAACAUUCCUGUCGAAGCCUCACCCUUCGGUCUCUUCGGGAACUUGAGCCUCAAAUCCCGUCCCCUAAGCAGGGGACCGAGCGAGCACGACGAGGACGAUGACAGGAGUUCGGGCAUCGCCAAUGAAAACUUCUUCAGACCUGCUUCCACUCCAGUCCCUGUCAAUCAGCCCAAGAGUCUUUCUCAUCAAGUGCCGGCCAUUCUAGCCAAGGGACUCAUCACUCCCGCCGAAGCAGAGAAAUUGUUCCAUUUAUAUUAUGCUGAAAUGAACCUCUCCGUGUCCUUGCUGGAUCCCAUUCUCUAUGAUGCCAAGCGAACCUUCUGGCGUAGCCCCUUCUUGUUCACAGUUAUAUGUGCCAUUGCCUCCAGAUUCUACUCGGAGCGACCUGAGCUUUACCAACAGGCCAUGCAUUAUGCUCAGGCCGCUGCGGGAAAUGCACUCACCAGCGGGACCAAAAACGUCGAGAUGUGUGCGGCCUACAUCCUGAUGAGCUUGUACCCCAUUCCGGUCAAACGCUGGGAGCAGCAGAGGAGUUGGUUGUACCUCGGGUUGGCGAUCAGAACUGCGACGGAUCUUAACCUUCACCUUCCUAUGACCGCCAAACCGAAGAACGAAAACCACGCACGGGAGAUGCUCAAUCGAACGCGCAUAUGGUUGAACUGCUUCAACCUGGAUCGUUCCACGGGAUCACAAUAUGGCAAGCCCCCUAUCAUCAACAACGCUGACUACACCGCGAACCACUCAGAGAACUGGUGGCAAUCUUCUCCUCACAACAUGGUCCACUUCGACAUCCAUAUUUGCGCCUACAACGCGGAGUUGAGGCUCAUGUCGAAGUUUAUGGCGAAGAUCUAUAGCGAUCCUGAUCACCCUACUGGGCUUAACAAGGAGGUGGACUUCGAAGGCAUCGCCACUGAAACUGACGAUGCAUUGCAAAAGCUUCAGGAGCGCUGGUUUUCUAUUCUCAGAACGACGGACAUGUCCAACUCCGAAAACUGUUUCCGCACUGGCCUCCUCCGACUGGCCUACAGCUAUGCACGCCUUAUCGCCUUGUCCUAUGGGUUCCAACACGCAUUCGGAAAGACUGAUGGCCAGGAUGAGAAUCCUUUCUUGAUGAGGUGUCUGAAUGCCGCAUCUGACGUGGUCCACGCAGUUGUUGACGAUAUCUGCCGUCCCGAGCAACGUCACUAUUGGCGACAUGGUCCUGAUGCUCAAAGUGUUUUUGUUACAUUCGCUUCCGCUUUUCUCGUCAAGUUGUUGCAACCCAAGUUCCAAUCUUACCUCACUCGAGACCAGCGAGUGCAGAUUCGGAACCUUGUGCAACAAGUCAUUGACUUGAUGUCUUCACCUGAAAUCGCCAUCGAUGACCGACAUGGACCCAAGCUCUACGCCCGGUUCCUGAAGAAUCUCCUGGCGAAGCCUUUGGCAAGGAUCGACCCCUCUCCUCCAAGAAGCGGUUCCGCUGAAGCGACGCCACCACCGCCUCCACGGGUUCGCCGACCCGCGAAAACCGCUUCAGGGGGCGAACAAAUGGACACGCAACCAUCAGCCUCGUCUGACCCUUACGGCGCGACAUUUAACCAUUCCUCUCCGGCCACUACUGGGUCACUUUCUCCACCACCGGCAGAGUCUCUGACCGACUUCAACAACUUCAGACCCAUGGGCGGUAUUGACCCGUAUGCGCCUGACGCACCAAUCAUGAACGCCUACGACAAUUCCCAAGGGGAUAUGCUCAUGACAGAUUACUUCCAACCCGAGUUGCCCUUUGACGAGGAGAUUAUUCGAAGCUUCCAGGAUCUUGCUGAUCCGUCAGGGUGGCAAGAUAUCUCGAUGCCAACAGGCUUUAAUUUCAUGACCCAAUUCGAACGCAACCUUGGUAUCGAUUUGCGAUCAGUCACCAACGGUUAUGAUACCACCAGUCCUCCGAACUACCUCACUGGAGUGUCCCAGUAG